UCCCGAGUCAGUGGUGGAGCGGCGAUUCGGGCCCUUAGGGCAGCCCCGCUGCAAAGGGGACUCAUGAAUCCACGUCCAGCCCAGUAACUCAUGGAGAGGAAACCUCCCCCCAGAGAGAGCCCCAGAAGACACCCUGCCAAACUCACCAAAGGCACCGAGAUGAAAAAAGGCGCUCGCCAGCUCGGCUGUGGGGCGACAGCAGAGUCAGAUAAGGACUCAGGAUUUUCAGAUGGAAGCUCAGAAUGUCUGAGCUCGGCCGAGCAGAUGGAGUCUGAAGACGUGCUGAGUGCUUUAGGCUGGAGCCGAGAAGACCGACCACAGCAGAGCUCUAAGGCUGCGAGCAGCGUCUUCCCAACACUGCCACCCAUGGUCGUCAUGAAGAAUGUCCUGGUCAAACAGGGCAGCAGCACCUCCCAGCUCCAGUCCUGGACCGUGCAGCCUUCCUUUGAGGUCAUCUCGGCCCAGCCGCAGCUCCUCCUCCUGCAUCCCCCAGUGCCAUCUCCUAUCAGCCCAUGCCACACAGGCGAGAAGAAGCUGGACUCCAGAAACUACUUGCCCAUCCUCAAUUCAUACACCAAAAUCGCCCCACACCCGGGGAAAAGGGGCCUUUUGCUGGGCCCCGAAGAUCGAGGAGACAGCGGGACGCAGAAGAAACUCUGCACUGAGAGACUGACCGGGCAGAACCUGUCUUCCAGCGAGCCCAGCAAGACCAGUGCAGCCGUGCCCUCCAGCCCCCCUACUCCAGCCACCCCGGGCGCCAAACUUGCUGAGGACCCAGCCCCACAGGGUGUGCCUGCCCUGGUGGCAGGCGGGAGCCCACAGACUCUGCAGCCGGUGUCCAGCAGCCAUGUGGCCAAAGCCCCCAGCCUGACCUUCGCUUCCCCUGCCAGCCCCGUCUGCGCGGCUGACAGCACGCUGCACGGGCGUGAGAGCAGCUCACCCCUCUCACCACUCUCGGCCGCCUACAGCUCCCCUCUCUGGGCCGCCGAACACCUCUGCCGCAGCCCUGACAGCUUUGCAGAGCAGAGACAGAGCCGGCACAGGCGCUUCCAGAAUACCCUGGUGGUGCUGCACAAAUCCGGGCUGCUGGAGAUUACUUUGAAAACCAAGGAGCUGAUCCGACAGAACCAGGCCACUCAGGUAGAGCUUGAGCAGCUGAAGGAGCAGACCCAGCUGUUCCUCGAGGCCACCAAGAACAAGGCUCCCCAGGCCUGGGCCAAGUUGCAGGCAUCCUUGAUGUCGACGGGCUCUGGCCGCAGCGGCAGCAGCUCAGACACUUUCUCCGACCACCCAGACAUGUAACAGAGCUCAGGCUUCUUUCCACUUCACUUGAUGGCUCUUGUGAACUCUGGCUGUUAUCUCACUCCCGUUUCCCUUCCUAACUUACAGGGGUCAGCACUUUGCUCACCACAGCCCUGGCUGCUGUGUUAACUAACCUGUGGUUCUGUGCAUAGUUUACAGGCGUCUUCAUUCCACUGAGACCCUCCGUAUCACAAUGUCUUCGCCUCCCUUCCGCUCACUCUGCAGGCCCAGGGAUGGAUCAUGGGGC